AUGUCUAGGAGAGAGCUUUACGUUGGACAACUUCAGCUGUUGAAGAAGAUGUUUCCAUGCGGAGAGAAAGACAAGUUUCUUAGUAUCUCCAACAAAAUCGAAGACGCUAUGUCCCAAUUCAAACAAGAUUCUCCUCUUCCCCCAAAGUCAAUGACUAUGCAGAGGAGUCUCAGCGCUGGUUCGCCACGAUUCACCUCGAGAGGUAUCAAUCUUGGUCCACCAGACUUGAGAGAUGAAUGGUAUAAAGUAAGGACGGUCGACGCAGGAGGUGCUACAGCUGGUGGAGGAGGUAAAGGUGCUGGUCAAGGUCAGACCAAGAAAUAG